AUGCGGGGAUGUGCUCUGCAGCAGCAGCAGCACAGCAGCAACAGCAGCAGCAGCAGCAGCAACAACAGCCGCAACUACCGCUGUAUUGCCUUUUGUAUGGAAUCGGAAGCCGCAACAAGCAAUCUCUUCUGUACAGAGGCCCCUGAGCCCGCUGCAUGCUGCUGCUGCUGCAGCCGUCGUUGCUGCAUGCUGCUGCUGUUGCUGCUGCUGCUGUUGCUGCUGCUGCUGCAUGUCCGCUGGGAAUUUGUACCAACCUCUCAGGGGAAAAGGACCUCUUUAAGACAUUUUAAUUGA